UCCACUGAAGCAUUAUUAUCAAUUGAUCUCACCGAAUGCGAAAAUGUCUAUCCGUCAGCAUCGGCUCGUAACUAUGGAAUCGAAAUCAAGUGUCGUCGAACACGCUAUAUUCUAUCGGCGAUGACGCCAGGCAUUCGUGAUAGUUGGAUCGCGGCCUUGCAACAGAACCUGCAUAAUCCAUCACCCACUUACGCAGAAACGUACCAAAGUGAUGUGGCUAGUCAACCGGAUACGGAUAUUGUAUCGUUGCCAUUAGUUAGUCAUUUUUCGCAAAUAAUUUCUGUUUUCUAUCUGGAUAUGGAUGCAGUCCUCAGACUGAUUCCAUGUGUCUCAGCUCGGAAGAAGCAUAUCGCAUACGUUGCGCCAGAAUCGCAUCAUUCGAAUUCGAUGAUGGAAGAUGGCGACGAUGAAUCGUGCACAGAGGAUGAUUUCAAUUCGAUCGCUUCACGCGACAUCAUGCGAUCGAGACAAAUCAGUAUUUCUGAAAGGUCGCUCGACUCAUCCGGCGAUGAGNUCAAAGUGGACGUCAACGACGUCGAACGAAUGCAGUAG